CUUUUCAGCUGAGGGCAGUGACAGGGUGACAGGCCAUCUCGCUGUACUCGAAAGGGACAAUCAAGCCGCCAACCAUGAUCAAAGACAGCAAUGGAAAGUGUGCGACAACAGAAGACGUCAGCGGGCCGACUUGUAUGAGAAUCACUUCUUCUUGUCUCGACUUUUCUUCCUCAAAGCCUUCCUUCUCUGUUGUCGGCACUAACAUUUAACACUGCACUGACUGCAACACCAACACCAACAAUCGCGAUAUCCACUCCAAGCGCGUUAUCGCAGAUUGGGCAUUGACGUCAUACCAAAGCAGCAGCAGAAGUAAAAAGACGACGGACAGCAAGACCGCAGGCGACGUCGACAUUGCGAAACAAUGCUGCGCACAUAUCGAGUUGCGCGGGCUUCCGGGCUUUCAGGUCUGCGAGGAGGUAUUCCUACAGCUCCUCGAGGAACGCGACAGUUGUUCACCAAACCACCACAACACCCCGCGAAGCCCAAAACAAAGAGCCUCGAACUACGCCGGCCUGACCAAGUUCGCCAAUUAUCGGGGAAACCACUACCACGAACCCAGUCGACACUCCUCAACUUUGGGUACCGCACCGCUGCUUGGUUCGGAAGCUCCAUCGCGUUCGUCGGCCUCGGCUUCGUCGCCUUCUUCCUCUACGAUGCCUCGACCUACAGCUCCCACGCGACAAACCAGGGCGAUAUUGCUAUCUCCAAGCUCGCCCUAAACCCUCGCCGAGGAGGCCCCAAGAACCUACCGAUCCUCGAAAUAUUCCUCGACGACGACGAUGAUGAAGAGAAGAAGAAACACAAGGACAAGCCUAGGCUGGUCAUCCUGGGUGGAGGCUGGGGCAGUGUUGCUCUCCUCAAGGAGCUCAACCCAGAUAACUACCAUGUCACCGUCAUCUCCCCGGCCAACUACUUCCUCUUCACGCCCAUGCUGCCCUCCGCAACCGUGGGAACACUCGAGCUCAAGUCCUUGGUUGAGCCCAUCCGCAACAUCAUCAACCGAGUCAAGGGCCACUACGUCCGUGCCACCGCCGAAGACGUUGACUUCUCCUCCCGCCUGGUCGAGGUAUCUCAAAAGGACCCCCGUGGCAACGAAGUGCGCUUCUACGUUCCCUACGACAAGCUCGUCAUUGCCGUCGGCUCGACUACCAACCCUCACGGUGUCAAGGGUCUUGAGAACUGCCACUUCCUCAAAGACAUCAACGACGCCCGCCAGAUCCGCAACAAGAUCAUCCAAAACCUCGAACUCUCCUGCCUACCCACCACCUCCGACGAGGAGCGCAAGCGUUUGUUGUCCUUUGUCGUCUGCGGCGGCGGUCCCACCGGUGUCGAGUUCGCCGCCGAGCUCUUCGACCUUCUCAACGAGGACUUGACUUUGCACUUCCCUCGUCUCCUCCGCAACGAGAUCUCCGUCCACCUCAUCCAAUCCCGCGACCACAUCCUCAACACCUACGAUGAAGCCGUAUCCAAGUACGCCGAAGACCGCUUCUCGCGCGACCAAGUCGACGUGCUAGUCAACUCGCGCGUAGCCGAAGUCCGUCCCGAGUCCAUCCUCUUCACGCAGACGGGCCCUGAUGGAAAGACAACCGUGACCAAGGAGCUCCCCAUGGGUUUCUGCCUCUGGUCGACGGGCGUCGCGCAAGCCGAGUUCUGCAAGCGUAUCUCCCGCCAACUCGGUCCCGCCCAAACAAACCACCACGCCCUCGAGACCGACACGCACCUCCGCCUCAACGGCACCCCCCUAAGCGACGUAUACGCCAUCGGCGACUGUGCCACCGUCCAGAAUAACGUGGCCGACCACAUCAUCACCUUUGUCCGCAACCUCGCCUGGAAGCACGGUCAGGACCCCGAAAAGCUCGAGCUGCACUUCUCCGACUGGCGCACCGUCGCGCAGCAGGUCAAGAAACGGUUCCCCCAAGCUGCCGCCCACUUGAAGCGACUCGACAAGCUCUUCGAGGAAUACGACAAGGACCAAAACGGUACUCUAGACUUUGGCGAGCUGCGCGAGCUGCUGAAGCAAAUAGAUAACAAACUCACCUCCCUCCCCGCCACCGCGCAGCGCGCCCAUCAACAGGGACAGUACCUAGCGCACAAGUUCAACAAGCUUGCGCGCGCGGCGCCAGGGCUCAAGGCAAAUGAGAUCUCAGAGGGGGACCUGGAUGCGGCGGUGUACAAGGCGUUUGAGUAUAGGCAUUUGGGCAGUUUGGCGUAUAUUGGGAACUCGGCCGUGUUUGAUUGGGGAGAUGGGUGGAAUUUCUCCGGCGGGCUGUGGGCGGUUUAUGCGUGGAGGAGCAUUUAUUUUACGCAGAGUGUGAGUUUGAGGACGAGAGUACUUAUGGCAAUGGACUGGGCCAAGAGAGCCUUGUUUGGACGCGACUUGAUGAGCUUCUAAACCGACUAACUACCGAUCCUUUCUUUCGAUGACGUAAAACGGUCUUCGACAUUAUAAGAAGGCAGGCAGGGAGGGAGCUGAGCGGGAAAGCGAGCGGACGAGUUACCUUUUUUCGUCUUGACUUGAGCUACUUGGCGGCUGUUGUCGUUUCUCUGUUACAUUAUACCUUCACCUCGACCUUUUACAAAGUCAUGCAUGAUCCUUUUUGCUAUUCAUUACGUUUGCACUCUCCUAGACGUGGAGUUGAGAGGCAGCAGCAGUUAUCUUACUAAAAGCAAGAGCCAAAGACUAAAACUAGAUUAUAAAUAAACCUUAAUGCUAUGUUG